AUGAGAUAUAAUUAUUACAAUAUUAACUUGUCUGGUGAAGAAGAUGAAUCCUCAAGACUGCAACAGUUAUCUGAUUUUUUGCAACAUUACAAACUAUCGCAGUAUUUGCAUAUAUUCAUCUCGGAAGGCUUCGAUAGAUUAUUAUCUCUAUUGGACAUCACAGAAUCAGAUCUCAUUUCUCUAAAUGUUAAAAGAGGGCAUAGACGAUUACUGCAAAGAGCCAUUGCCACAGCAAGAGGAGUUCCUCUUUCAACACCAAUAGUGAUCAGUUAUGGAUAUGAUGAACCUGAUGUAUCCUAUAUGCCAAAGCCAGGAACAACAACGACUGCAACAACAACAACGGCAGCAGCUCCAAAAGUUGCUUUUCUUGACGACGAUAUAUAUCUAAACGAAGGUGAUUACGCCUAUUAUCGUCGAAGCCUUCAUCGCAAACGAAAGCAAUAUGUUCCUUCAAAGCCAGUGACUGCAUUCGAUGAGUUGAUUAACGAAGUGCAAUCUCAAAAUAGCAGCAUGGCCUUAGCAGAUAUAACAGAACUGGCCUAUGAAAAAUGGAACAAAUUCACUGGUACCGAAAAGGAAAAAUACGAGCGUGAGGCUCUGCACGCCAAUGCAGACUAUGUGAUGGAUUGA